GGGAUCGGAAUAGCCGAUGUAAACCAUAAAAAGGGACAGGAGACGGCACGUCACUUCACUUCGCAAUAUGGCAACAACAAGGCUGUCUUCCUCCAGUGUGAUGUCACAUCAGACCAACAGCUGGAAGAUGCUUUCAAGAAAACAAAACAGAAGUUUGGCCAACUGGACAUUGUGUGUAACAAUGCAGGCAUAGGAGACGAAAGGAAAUGGAGACAGAUGAUAGACAUAAACUUGGCUGCAGUUGUCCAAGGCACCUACCUGGCUAGGAAAUACUUGAGCAAAUUGAAUGGCGGAUCGGGUGGUGUUGUUAUCAACAUUGCCUCAAUGGCUGGUUUGAUUUUGGGACCACUAUGCCCGGUCUACACAGCCACUAAGCACGGUGUGGUGGGGUUCACACGGACAAUGGCCUCGUUUGAUCCAGCAUUCACUGCAGAAGACAUUCGCAUCAAUACCAUCUGCCCGUCAUUCUCAGACACAUCCAUUAUUCACAAGACAGUACCCCCUGAGUUCAUCAACUCCAGCACCGUAAGACGACUUUCAGACAUUGCCAAACUGCUGCCGGUGUCCCUAGUUGCCGAGGGCUUCAUCAGUCUGAUUGAAGAGGACGCCCACGACAAGGUCAUGCGAGUCACCCAUGAGAGAGGCAUCGACUUCCACAAGUUCAAAAAGACCCCUCCUAUGCCCAGCAAAAUGUAACAUCGCAGUGUACGCCCCUUGUCACAAAGCCAAAGAAGAGAUCUCAGAUCAGACCAGACGGGGUUUUUAUUUGAUUAGAUAAGGCAAACCUCAGUGAAGUGAACUUUAUGCCUAUAUCUCAUGGAAGCUAUUUGGGUAGGGCAAAAGAUGCGGCACUGUUUCCAACUUGUCAUUAUUCAAAUCAUUACAUACUGACCCAAAUCAUUGUUUUCAAAGCAUGGCGGAUUUCCCGGAUUGUGCAUUUAUAGCAACUUUUCUCUAAAGUGCAUUUGAAUUCCACACAAGUCCACCUUUGCCAAGCAACAAAAGCCAUGUUCCCAUUUGUCCUUUUUUCUUCUUUCCAGUUACUAAUACCAUGACUUUCCAUACAAUUCCUGUUCAUAAAUCAUCAUCUGUGACUUCAUCCACUCUGAUGGAACGUUAUGUGCAGUGCUACAUUAGUGAAGUUACGCAGCGCAUGUACGGUUUCUGUUAUUAUUCAACUCAGCUAUCACACUGCUGAAUAGGGCAGUUAUGCCAGUCUCCUGGCAUUAAACCCAGUCGAAGGGGAAUGUUUUUUCUCAGACAGUCUGCAAACACAGCGGCCCUUU